GAGGUGGCUGUCAGUCGGUAUCCGGGGCGCGUCCUUUGGCUGCAGCUGCUACACACGCAGGGUCAGGCAGCAGCCACUGCUGUAUCCUCGCUCAGGCCCUGGGAGCCCGCUCCUCCCCCUCCAUCCCCUGACAGACGGUGACAUGGCUCCGCGCAGGAACCCCUCCAAAGGCGCCGGCAGCAGCCCCAGCCAGGGGGCCAGGAGAGAGACAAAGCAUGGAGGAAACAAGAAUGGGAAGAAAGAAGGCCUCUCUGGAAGCUCAUUUUUCACCUGGUUUAUGGUAAUAGCACUGCUGGGAGUUUGGACAUCAGUAGCAGUUGUUUGGUUUGAACUUGUAGAUUAUGAAGAAGUUCUAGCCAAAGCAAAGGACUUCCGUUAUAACUUGUCAGAGGUACUUCAAGGCAAGCUUGGGAUAUAUGAUGCUGAUGGAGAUGGAGAUUUUGAUGUGGAAGAUGCCAAAGUUUUGCUAGGCUUGACCAAAGAUGGCAGUAAUGAAAAUAUUGAUUCCCUUGAGGAAGUCCUUAAUAUUUUAGCAGAGGAAAGUUCUGAUUGGUUUUAUGGCUUCCUCUCAUUUCUCUAUGAUGUAAUGACUCCUUUUGAAAUACUAGAAGAAGAAGAGAGCGAAGCUGCAGAUGAUGUUGAUGGUACGUCACAGAAUGAAGGGGUUCAGGGAAAAAAGACUUGCGUUAUUUUGGAUUUACAGAACCAGUGACUGAUUCAGGGGCUAAUUUUAUUGGCUUGUGAAAAUGUCCAUGCAAUCAUCAAUCUUAAUAUGACAAGGCUUUAUGGCAGUGGGUGGAUUAAAAAACAAACCAAACCUUUAAUGAACAUUCUAAAUAUGAGCUAAAAUCAGCCAGCCAUGCGAUAUAGUUUCACUACUUGAAAAGCCUUUCAGUGACUUUCUCCAUUUUGUGACAGGGAGAUUAACAUUUACACAAAUGUGUAAUUAUGCCUAGGAUAAAAUAACUAAAUAAAAAGUGUCUGCAGUUAUGUAGUUGGCUUCUGUAUGGUUUUGCUUCAACAAUUUGUGCAUUUUGUGCACUAAAGUUGGCAAACUAACUAUAGUAAGCUGUACCGUUACCCCUUAUAAACAUUUGUCUUUCUAACAAGCAUUAAUUGAGGCAUUUUGUAAUGGGCUUGAUUACAAGAUAUUCUGGCAUGAUUAAUAUGUUAUGUAAAUAUAUAUUUAUAUGUUAAUCCUUACUAAUAUAGCUAUUAUACAAAUGAGUGCUCUUAUGAAAUACCAUAUGAUAAAUUAUUCAUACCUUAAAUUUAAAAUUAAUUUUCUGAUUCACUGAUUUCUCAGAUACAUGCUUUUUACCCCUUUAAUUAGAAGCACUGUAUUAAUAGUGCUUGUAAAUGUAUAAAAAUUAUUUUGUUCUAGGUUAGUUAACAUACUGUAUUUAGGAAAUAGCAUGUCAAUAUGUUUGUCUAAUUUGAAAGAGAGUUUUCAGUCUAAUUUUUUGUAUAAUAAUCACACCCUAAGGGCUGUUCUGAUCUGUUUUCAAGGGAUUUUUUUAGUGGGCAUUUUAUGAAAGUGGGGAAUUGUGAAUAUGUAUUUCUUAUGUAAUGACGAAAUAUAUUAAAGAUUACUCCACACAAAAUAGGAUUUAAUGUCUUCUAUUUUUUGCCAAAUUCAACAAACCUGAUUCCGUUUUUUCAAGGAUUAAUCUGUUAAAUUGUUUAAUGCAUGUUUCCAAAGUCUAUUUUGGCAUAUGUGGAUUUGUUGAUUAUGGCAGUUACUUUCACUGAGCGGCAGGUAUUCAGUGGUGUUCAAUCAGCUUCAGUUCUUAUCUAGUUCAGAAAUCCUGAACUGAGAUCUCAUUUUAAUAUACCAAUAUGGUAUAUUCAUAUAAUUAAUUCUUUGAUAUAAUUUUAAUGUUGACAAUACCAUAAGCAUUUUGUUAAUGAUGCCGGUUAACUUUGCUAUGCUUACGUUUUGUAAAAAAUUUCGAUUAUGAAACUCAUAUCUCAGGGUUUUAAUUUGUUAUAUCCAGGCUGAAACUUAAUGUGCUUUAUUUUAAAUGAAUUUUGAAUUGACGUGGCAGUUUUAAAGAUAUAUAAAUAGUAUUGUAGCUUGGACAGCAUUGAUACAUAAUUCAAAAUGAAACUAAGUGUAGUUGGCUUCUUGAACUGCAAGUAAAUUGGGGAGUGAGGUACAGAAUUUGUCUAGAAAUAUUAGGGAACUGCAAACACCCAGAAUGGGCAAUAAUUACUUAGAGUAGGGUAUAACCCAAAGAAACAAUAUAAAGUGAAGGGAGGGAAAGGUCUGGUUGAGUGUCAUGAACAUUCUCAACAAUAAGACACAUUAAGAAUGUAAGGGCGUUCUCCAAGGAAAAUGGGGGAAGCAACCUGAGAACAUAUCCAGAGUCACCAGUUGGCUUCUUAUGGGACAUAGCCAACACUGAAGCCACCAUAUCUCCACUACUGUUCUUCACUAGCCUGAUUAAAGCUAGUGUGGGUAUUCCUAACUGUGCUACAAUUACAACUUAAUUUGAAGUGUAGAUGUACCUUAAAAUCCCAUUGACCUCAGUGGGAGCAGUGUUAAGUCAAUGCUGAGCAAUUGUGAAAUCCCACUCUGAAAAUCUAUGAUAAAAACUUAGUUUCAUUGCACUGAAAUAUGUUAAUUGUUAUCUAACGAUGUGAGGGACUUCUGUCUUGGAGGUCCUAAUACAAGUUUAGUGAGUUUUAAUUUUACUUCAGUGUUUUUAAAAAAUUAAAAUAAAUUUGUUUAUCGUUGGGAUUCCCUCCAAGACCUUUUCCAUUCAGCUUAUCCAGAACACCUUCUUCGAUUCUGGGAGAACACUUCAUUCUCCGGGAUCCAGAAACUCAGUUCAACUCCCCAUUUAAUCACUCAGGUUCCUUUAUUUGGCAUACAGGAAAGCUACGCUGAGUAGAUCAGACUCAAGCGUAGGGGCUGGGUAUAGGGCAUACCACAUAUCCAAAGUUGCAUAGAAAACCUUUAUAUACACUUAAAUAUAUGUUUGACAUUGCAUUACAUGUUUUUGAAUUGGCUUGAUUACUUUUCAGGAAUCUAUCCCUGUACAGCCUGUCUUCCCAUGUGCUGCUCAGAUAGAACCUGAUCUUUACAUUCCAUAUUUAUCUUGUCCAUUGUCCCUAGCAUUGGGGUAUUCCGGCUUAUCUUAACUAGCAUAGACAUCACGACUUCUGCUUGUUCAGCCCCUAUUUACAGUCGAACUUUCCAUUCACUUUCCUAAUCAUGCCCAUUAAGAAAUGAUGCAAGUUACCUAUGUCAAGUCAGGCCUACAGUUAUAUUCACAUAAGCAAGGGAAUAGUUAGAACUGAAACUCAAUUCCAUCUUGUCUAAGUACAAACAAUAUGCUUGAGCCUUACAUAGUUUGUUCUGAAAUGCCCAUGUAACAAAAUGGUGGGCUAAAGCCUAAACUUAGGGUUACCAUAUUUCAGGUUCCCAAAAAGAGGACACUACCAAAGGAGGGACCUUGGGGGAGGAGAGGGGAUGCCUGCAGCAGGGGUACUCACUGGAGGUGGGGGCAGUAUUGCUGUCUGUCACCGUGGCAGAGCGUCUGGCCCAAGCUCAGGAUGCAGCGACAGCCGUUAGUCAGUGCCUCCCCGUGGAACCUCUUGCCCAGGGCUGAGAGCCAGGACCUGGGUGGGUGGAAUCCAGCACCCAUGGUUUGCUAGACCAGUUAGCUGCAGGUUAGGGAUCAGUUGGGAAGUGGCUCAGUCGGGGGGGUCUUUCUGAGCUGCAGAUUGUCUGCUCUGCAAAAACGUAGGACAUUUCCUAUUAUAUAAUCCCCCUUGGAUAGAGAAGAGAGACCCAAAAAGAGGCUUUGGCUGGGAAAAUCUGAACAUAUGGAUGUCCUUUGUGACUUAAUUCACUUUUUAAAUACAUUGGGUAUAUUAAAAUAUUCUACAAAAGCCAAAGAAAUAUGUAAAAUGUGCAAAAUUUCAUUUACUUCCACAUACAUUGAUAUGAUCUAAAAUAUGUUCAGAAAAGAGAGCCGGGUUACGUAUAACAGUUGAAGUUAAGUGAUGAUCCAUAUUUUAAUGGAAUGUGUAUAUACAGCAUAAAUGAUAAAUUCACAGUUUAUUUUGUAGUCCUAAAUGAAAAUACUGUUCUGUGAGGUCUUGUUAAUGUGACAUGAACUAAACUUACAUCCUAUACCAUAUUAUUAAUUUUGCUGUGAAGAUUUAUGACUAAAUAUUUGCCCUUGGGAUACAUUUAUGAUGGUCUUCAUCUUUCUCAAAAAGUUAUUUUUAAUAAAGUGUAUGGAGUUGCAUCAAAUAAGUGUCCUGUUGCUUUAAAAAAGCUGCAGUUAAUGAUUCUCUCCACCUCUCCAGAAUUUUUAUGAACAGUAUUUCUGGAUGCCUUUCUCUGUUCUGCUCCCUUAUGCUCUCCAAGUCCUAUAGAUGGAAAAUUUCAAAAUGCAACCAGUUAUCAGAAUUAAAGUUCACAACCUACAAACAGGAUAUUAUAUGACACAUUGCAUUUGUAAAAUUGUUAGGUUUCUCAGAGAGCUCAGAAAAGCAUUGGGCUAAAUAACGUGACACUUCAAAAACUAGGCAUGCUGACCUUUAGCUGAAUGGGUUAAAAUAAAAUAAAAAAUAUAUGGAGAUAGGUAUAUUUCAUAGAACGGGAAGGGACCCCGAAAGAUCAUUGAGUCCAGCCCCCUGCCUUCACUAGCAGGACCAAGUACUGAUUUUAGCCCCCGAUCCCUAAGUGGCCCCCUCAAGGAUUGAACUCACAACCUUUUACAAUCUUAAUUGUAAAUAUGAAAUAUGAUUCUCCUAACUUGUGCAAUCUACUAUCAUUUUAUUCUAGAAGAGAAAAUCCGGGUAAUUCUGUGUUUAUCAUUUUUAUUUUCUACACAAUGGUUAGGGGAAGUGCUGUUAAACUGAUCAGACGUUAAGUUUUUUAUUAAAAAUACUAUUUAGUGAGCUGAGCUAAUGGAUGCUGGGAAGUCAUUAAUGUUUCUGCAUAAUCUCUUGCUUGCUUUGCUGUGAUACUAAUAAAAAUGAGUUACAUGAAAGUUAUAGUUCUGUUCCACCCACAAAAAUUGUAAUGGCUGAUAAUAUAUUUAAAGGCUGAACCCCUGAUUUCUGUGACAUCUUCAACAGUAUUUAAUGUGGAAAUGUAAGCAAUUCUUUUUAAGGGACAAUGUUUAGAAUGACUGGAAUCAUUAUAUUAAAGUUAAUAAAAUGAACCCAAGAAAUGUUUAUAUAUCUUUUGAGAUUACUAUUGCAUAUAUUUUGGAGCUUUUUUUAUUUAAAAAAAAAAAGUAUCUUUAAAACUUUCACUCUUAAACUUUUUCAAGGGCAGUUGGUUAUAAGACUGCUCAUUCUUAGGUAACAUUUCAUAAUUUUGUAUCGUUAGUCAGUUUCCAGUGACUUACCUUAGAAGAAAUUAAAAUUUUAUGAAUUAUUCAUUUAGGUUAUGUGGGUUGGGGGAGGAAAGGAAGGGAAGGCGUUGAAUGGUUAGGGAAGAUUUUUAUUGCAGCUCCUGUUAGUAAAAAUGGUAGGAUAGAACAAAUCCAUUUUUUAAAACAUUUUUUGCUUAAUACUUUGAGGUCAAAGUCUCUGUGGUUCGUUCAGUCAGUCUGCACUGAUGUGUUUCCCAACUCCGCAGCCAUCCAGCAAGGUAGCUUUCUAUAGUAAUUAAUGAAUUUCAUGCUGUUGCACCACUACCAGGGGGUUUUUCAAUCAGUUUUCAUAGUUGUGUUGCACCUACUGAGGCUAACAAAGACAAAAGACUUCUUGGACUUUUGUUUCUACUUUGCAAACAAGAUGCAAUACUCAUACAUCUGUGAUUUUUAUCGUCUCAAAAAAAUCAACUUUUUUAAAGCCCAAUUCUUUCUAUUCAGAGAGAAAGAUAGAUAAUCUGAGUUAUGAAUCUCCUCUAACAACAUACAUUCCGUCCCAGAUAUUCUUGGGAUCCAUACAAUUGAGGGAAGUGUUUAACAGAUUUUAGGUCAACAUCCUUCAGCUCAAAUGUACUAUGGCUAUGACUCAGUUCUUCCUUUCAUAGUUAAGUGAGCAGAGAAGCUUACUCUGAAUGACUUGACAGCAGUUUCUGCAAUCCUUUGUUAUGCUAGCUGUGUAAACUGCAAAGCUCUCUUGUAUUUGGGAGUGUGGGAAGAACAUCUUUCCAAGCUCUGAUUUGCCUGGUUACCUGAAGGACACAUGAAACUUGGUAGCAAAUAGAAUCCAACUUAAGGUAAGUGAUAGCCUUUUAUAAGCAAACUAUUUUGGUUGAGCAGAAGGCCAUAAAAUUCCAAUAUAGUAUGUUGUAGAAGUAAAAAAAUGACAUGGACAAGACCAAAAAAAGCAUAAAUUAGUUUUCUCUUGUGAUUCUUCUAUGGAGUAUAGAUAGAUAGAUGUGUAAAUCCACUGAUCUUGAACACCUGAUUUUAUAAUAUAAAGAUUAACUUCUUGUUUGGAAACUUAGUUUUGUGUUCUUAGUUCCACAAUUUAAAUAUCUUCCUUUGUUAAUCUUCUGCUAGAGAUAAACUUUUUGUAUGCAAGCUAAAGAUAGCUAGUUUGGGAAACUGCUUGGUGGUGGCCUGACAUGAAACUCUUUUCUUUCUACUACUCUGUCGUACCUGAUGGAACUUUCUGGGGUAUGGCAACAAAUCUGCUCAGACUGAAUGUGAACUACAAAAGUUAUUUCUAAGUAUGAAAAUGUAGCCUUUGAUGUUUACUUACAGUUCUAGUAAAUGUGCUUUACAUUUAUAGAACAAGUAUAGUUACAAAUAAUGUCAAUGUCAGUAAUGGAUUUGAGGUAAUUUAACUCUUUAAAAUUUCAUUAAACAAUUGUACUAUAGCUUUAAUAUCAUUAAUUAUUAAGUUCAGCAUUGUGACUCCUGGAAAAACAGGACCUUCUUUUGUUAGAAACUAGCUCAGAAAUAUUUACAUUUUACCUUAAAAAAAAAAAUCCACUUAAGAGUUGUAAACUGAUGGGGGAAUGUCCUCCGGAUGUAUAAGACCAAAUCAUGCUGUCAGUAUUCAAACAGAAUUCCCCAUCAACUGGGAAUACUGCUUAAAAAUCGGUGACAUUUUAUGAGCAUUUUCAUGUGCAUUUUUUUAAAAAAAAGAAAGUUAACAUUUUAUUUAUUUAUUUUGAACAAACCAAACCAGCAUAGCAUCAGCAAUUCUCUCGAUAUACACAUCUACCUCGGUAUAACGCUGUCCUCGGGAGCCAAAAAAUCUUAUCGCAUUAUAGGUGAAACCCCGUUAUAUCGAACUUGCUUUGAUCCGCUGGAGUGCGCAGCCCCGCCCCCCCGGAGCGCUGCUUUACCGCACUAUAUCUGGGUAGAGGUGUAUGUUGACCUCAGUUAAUGAAACUGACACUCAAAGGCACUUCAAAAGUGUAUUCAGUCAUGUUAAUUUAAAUGUUUAGAAUAAAAUGAUCAUUUUGUCAAAUAAAAUAGGAGAAGUAAAUUGUUUUUUAAUUUAUUUAUUUUUAAUGAGUGAAACUUGGAAGUUUCCAAGAAGGUCUUGUACAUCAAAAGUAUAAAGUGCGAACAGCUUUAAAAUGAUAGAUCCUUUAGAAGUUUCAUUUUGUAUUAAAUACUCUAACUAUUCUUUGUCUUUGAAUGCUGUUCUUUCUGAAUUAAUAGUACUUGUGUAUUGUUUCUCUAGGAAUGAAAUGCUUGAGGUGCUUUAUUUGCGUGAUUCAUUCUACAUUUUCUUUUGUAUUAAAAAAAAUUUGUCCAAGUGUAAGAAUACCUUGUGUGUAAUGUUUUAAGAGUUAGUGUCCCUUAAGUAGAGUUGUGUAGUACCAACUUGAUUAACAUUGGGAAUUAUGAAAAGAUACUAUAUUUAUAGUAAUAUUUGUUUUUACAUAAUUUAGUAAGCAGCUUGUGAAAAGAAUUGCAGAAGUCUCCAAAUCUGUCAUAAAAUUUGGAAAUAGUAUAUGUGGCAAGCCACCCCUUCUGCCUCGCUGGACUUAGUGCUCUCUUCUCCGGCAGGGUAAAUCAGCUCCACUAUGGAGUGUGUCUGUCUUCCCUCUUUGGGGUUUGUUUCUAAGAGCCUUCUCGGUAAGCCUUGGGGAAGGCCUGAGGAGUGGUCCUCGGCCAAACAAAAGAAAACAAGUCUAUAACGCACCAAAACUAAAGGGGAAUACCUCACUGGGGCAGGUGUUGUCCUGUCACUGGCCCCGGGGUCUCAGUCCUUCCCCUAAACAAGCACUGCAUUUGGGUGUCUCCCCUAUGGAGAAUCCUGUCUCCCUGCUGCCACCAGCCUUGCAGCAGUUUGUCUUCACCCGCACCAGGAGAGAGAUUUUUAACAGGUUUCAGUCAGCCCUUAAUUGGACUCAGGUGUCCUUAAUUGACCUGAAGUAACCCCUUCCCAGCUUGUAGGAAAAAGAGCCUUUAGUAUUCUAGAGCUAACGUACCUGUUUUCCCAGACCCCUUGCAGCUGUCCGGCCUGACUUUGUCACAUAUGUUUAUCACAUAUGAUUGAAAUGGUACUAAUACUGACAUUUAUACAAUAUAUGCCUUCAAAUUUUUGUAAACUAUAUUUUAGUAUCUUCUAAAAAAUGUGGUAUGUACAGCCAAAAUAAAUUUUUCAGGAAAAGUUACAGAUUUGGUUGAAAUCUUUCUUGUGGUUAGCUGUUUAUGUAUGUAUGUAGCAGUGUGGUAUAGAAUUGCUUUCAGCUAUUACAUCGUUCUCCUAGAAAGGUAUAACUAUAAUAUUCACCUUGUAAGGCAUUAACCGCUUAUAUGCGGUAAGUGUUUUGUUUUGUUGAAAUCAUAUUCAUUUACCAUAAUAAUUCUCUCUAACAAAACAAAACUAAUAUUGAUGCCAAAAGUUUGUAAAGCAUUCAAAUUAGAUCAAAAUAUAGUAGUAAUUUUAAAGUGUGUUCUUGUUUUAAGUGUAGAGAUAUUUUUACUGUAGAAUUCUGUGACCAAGAAUGAUGAUAGACAUGGUUUGAUUUGGAAAUGAUACUAUCUAUUAGUUGGCUUGCUAAAUAGAAGGGCAUGUAAAAUUUGCACACUUGAGGGCUGCAUUAAUAACUUGCUCAGAACUUGAGGACUGUUCUUUGUCUACAUAAGAAGAGUUACCCAUAAUUUUCUGCAGUCUAUCUAUAAACAAGUGAAACAUCCAUAAAACACAAACGGUAUUUGCUGAGCUCUCUCCCUAUGGAGUAUGCACGUUUCAAUUUAAAAUAAAGUUUUAAAUUACUGAUCUUUUUGGGGAAAGGUAAAAUUAAGUUCUGUACGUUUUUUUCCUAAUUAAAUCAUGCUCUUAUUUAUGCAAAAGGCUUUUGAAAUAACCAGAUUUUUUUACCAUUUUAAAUUAUUAAACACUGUAACAGCUUAAGAUAUAUUUUCAUAUUUACUUGCUUCAUAAGUUUGCUAAAUAAGUUUUAUUAAUUCUACUAUCUCCAUUGGCUCAAUAGUACUCCUUUUGCUUCAACUGAGUGAUUUAUUUAGAUCUUGUAAGUUUAUUCACUGGAGGCAGUAAAGUUACACAAGUGUAAUUUUGCCAGCCAAGUUGGGCCUUAACUAUUUUAUCACUGAUGUUAAAACAUGAGGAGAGAACGCAGUUUGGCUUUCAGAUCUCAGGUCAAGUGUGUAGGGUUAGCAGUUCAAAAAGUCUUUUUCAGUGUAAUAAAGCCAUUUUUGUCACUUUUAAGCACAAAUUACACAACUUAACUGUAGAGGUUAAUAUAAUCAAUUGGUGGAUACAUUUAGUAGUUUGAAAGUUGUUUCAAUUAAAGUAUCUUAUGGGUCUGCUUAUGGUUGGUAUUUGUGAGAAUCAUUUAACUGUUCCAUGAACAUCUGACCCUAAUUUGAGCCCAGUCCUGCAAUCCAUGCUGUCUCCAACAAAUGGAAGUACAAUAAAGAGCUCUUCUUUUAACAAAUAUAUAAUUCAAAAUAUAUUUAGAAAUGGUUGGCAUUUGGAAGAAAUCUGAACUCUAACUACCAUAAAGAGCCAAUGAAAUUUUGUUGCUCUAGAUUGGUAAAUUAUGUAUUGAAUAUCAGAAAAUAUGUUUAUAACCUGUUUCCGUCUUACAAACAUCAGGAGAGGAGCCAGGAGGGGUAGACAAGAGAAAAGCUAAGGCCAAAG